AUGAUUAUCUGUUGUGCCUUUCUCAGGUACCUGGAGAAAAAUGUGCGAUGUUUGUCCCAAGACGGGAUGACCAUGUCCAACAAGUCGAUGACCAAUGAUGACCUCAGUAGCUUCUCAGACUGGUACGCCCAGUAUCACGGGUACGUGUCCCUGUGUGUGUGUCUGGGUGGGAUUGUCACUAACACCUUCAACGUGACAGUGCUCACCCGCCAGCACAUGCGCACGCCUGUCAACCUGAUCCUUACAGGCCUGGCCGUGUCGGACAUCAUCACCAUGCUGAGCUACCUACCCUUCUCUAUACACUUCUACUGUGUGUACCCCAGCAACAUGUCAUCGCCAGAGAAAAACUCCAAGCUGUGGAUGACGUUCUUCGUCUUUCACAUCAACCUCACACUGGUCACUCACACUAUUAGUAUAUGGCUCUGCGUUGUCCUGGCUAUAGUUCGCUACCACCACAUACGUUCACCGACCAGGGUCAUCUCAGUCCGUAUCAAACGGAUCACCCAAGCCAAGUACAUGGUCAUCGGAACCUACAUCAUCUCAAUCCUAGUGAUGAUUCCUAACUACUUAACAAAUGAGCUGAAACAACAAGUUUGGAGUGAAGACCCACGAGCGAACAAAACCAUCUACGUUCUGGAAAACCUCCGCUUGGGGAGCAACGAUACAAACCCUUUAGUCCUAACCAACGUCUGGAUGUACGCCAUUCUAGCCAAAAUCGUACCUUGCUUCCUGAUCUCAGUCUUCGGAUCCCUGUUGCUUCACCAAAUGCGAUCAAAGAUCAACCAACGGAAAGACUUCCUCAAAGUCUCAGUAUCAAACAACAACAAACUCCUCGAACAUUCCCGAACAACCAUGAUGCUUGUAACCGUCAUUGUACUCUUUCUCAUAACAGAACUCCCUCAGGGAAUCUUAAUUAUUCUAAGUGCCUGCAAAGCAGGCUUUUUCCUGUCUGUGUAUAUGCCACUGGGCGACGUCAUGGAUAUUGGUGCCCUCGUCAACAACGCCAUUAAUUUUGUGCUGUACUGUUCAAUGAGUGCCAAGUUUAGACAGACAUUUAUCAAUCUGUAUUGUAGUUACGCUAGAAACUGCAAGCAUGACCACGAAGAAAAUGGUUACGUCCUGAGAGAGGAUAAGGCUGAUUCAUUUAGCAACAAUAAUGACUUGGAGAAUGAACUGUAG